AUUAUGGUAUAUUAUAUGUAUUAUUUGUGCAUAUUGUAUCUUCUCCUGCACUGCUGAUUGGUGCAUAUCCAGAGUACAGCCACAAACUAUAGCUUUCAUUAUAAUGCCAAUUAGCACUGCAGGUGUGAUGGGCCAGGGAAUUAUCUAUGUAAAAGACUAAAGGGUUAAAAAAGAAAACCCUAUUGGUGGGAUUUUAAUUAAGUGCAAAUAAGUCUGUGGAGACUGUUGUAUUAGCAGUUCCCCUCUGAGGAACUCUUUUGUAUGUAAAAGUUUGGACUAGUUCUGCAAUUUGCUUUAUUCACUUCCCCAUGCCAUGGAGCUGGAAGGGCUCUGGUGGAAGGGACAGCUGGCUGCAGAUAUCCAUCAGACUCUCCGAUAUAAAGAACUGAAGCUCCCAAACUACAAAGGCCAGUCUCCCCAGCUGAACCUAAGACGCUACUUUGCAGACCUAAUAGCCAUUGUCAGUAAUCGGUUUAAGUUGUGCCCAACUGCCCGUCAUCUUGCCGUAUACCUGCUGGACCUCUUCAUGGACAGAUAUGAUAUUUCCAUCCAACAGCUGCACAUCGUGGCUUUAUCCUGUUUGCUAUUAGCAAGUAAAUUUGAAGACAAAGAAGAUCGAGUGCCAAAGUUAGACCAGCUGAACAGCCUGGGUUGUAUGACGAACAUGAACCUCGUGCUGACCAAACAGAACCUCCUUCAUAUGGAGCUUCUGCUGCUGGAAACAUUUGAGUGGAAUCUGUGCCUCCCGACUCCUGCCCAUUUUAUAGAGUACUACUUGUCCAUUGCCGUCCAUGACACUGACCUCCACGAUGGCUGGCCCAUGAUCUGCCUUGAGAAGACCAAAAUCUACAUGGCAAAAUAUGCAGACUAUUUCUUGGAAGUGUCUCUGCAAGAUCACAUGUUUUUAAAUUACAUUCCAUCACUUGUGGCUGCUGCGUGCGUUGGAGCGUCUCGCAUUAUUUUACGGCUUUCACCGUCCUGGCCGACGAGGCUCCACCGCCUUACUGUGUAUUCCUGGGAGAUCCUUGUGCCUUGCAUAGAGCGGUUACUCAUUGCACAUGACAAUGAUGUGAAAGAAGCCAACAAGCACAAAUCGCAGCUGGGCCACUCGGCGGCACCAUGUUUAUUUCCGCCCCAGUCCCCAGCCCCACCGCAGGCCCACAUCCAACAACACAUCCCCCCAUUCCUGCAUUCGCAGCACCAGCUGCCAUUCCACCACCCAGCUGCUCAACAGCCGAGCUGCCAACAGAUUGUGUCUACGGCCCACACCUCGGCUUUCCCCCUCCAGGCAUGUUCCUCAGCCCUGACCACAACCAGCCUGCAGCCACGGGCCCACCUACAGACUGCUGCCAGUGUUUCAAUAGCCGCCAUGCCCAUAGAAGUGAAACCGUGCAUUGGUGUGUCUUAUAACCGAGGGUUUCCUCUGAAUGGACACUACUCCUGUAUAACACAGUGCUUCGAGAGGUGAUGAACGCUGAAACUCUUUUUGUCCUUCUUCUAAAAAUACAUGCUGUGAAUUCUACAGUUCAUCUUUUUGUUUUUGAUAAGAGAGCUCCAUUGUUACAAGAAGAUCGGAGAUCUUUUCAAAACGUGAGACUCCUAAGGCAAGCCACUUGCCGGUGCUAAAGUACUGUCCGAUCACCAUGAUCUUCAGGGAAUCUGACGAUUUAUAUAUAUUUUUAUUUUUUUCUUUCUUCAGAAUACAUCCUUAAUAUUUUAUGAAGGAGAUUUACAGUAUUAAUGUUUAGCGAUGUUGCGUGAAGAUGUGAGCUACUGUUCCCACACAAACUGCUCUGAAAAUCACCCGAGUGAUACUUGGCGCAGCUAAACUACAAACACCACAGCGGUGCUUAUUUAUCGGAUGUACGGUUACCUAUAGCAUUCUCUACUGGUAAAACUUUUUGAAAUGUUUUGUUCUAACAAUUCCAUUAUACCUCAUUUUAUUUUUUAUUUUAUUUUAUGCAAUAUAUCACACUAACUCAGGGAUAUAAUAUAUAACUUGCUAUCGUUCAUGCUGCUGGUGUUUUAUUUAACAUAGGGUUAGACCUACAUAUAUAUACGUUUUGCUUUUGUCUAAUUGUAUGCUGCUCUUCAGCCCCUUUAGAAUUGUAGCAUCCAGCCAUCUAACUAACUGAGCACCCUACAUGACGCGUGGAAAUUCGGUAGCAAGCCCUCUGGAUAUUUUUAGAUAAGGAUAUGAUGCAGUAGAUUAUAGUUUUGUGUAAUGACUUUACAAGCCAAAUGAAACUGACCAAAUCUUCGACUUCAGUGUGAAAUAUAGUUUCUCUGCCUCCACGUGAUGCACACAGGUGAUCUUAUAUAGUAAAGCCAUUUGAGUGUGUACAAGGCAAGAAAAUGGGACCUAUAGAUAUAUAUUUAGCGUUUUAUGUUAGGGUGUAGAAUGUUCCACAUAUUGAAGAAAAAUGCUUUCAGCCAUAGGAUUAAAAGCAUGACUUAAAUCUUGCCGCCAUGGCGUCCAAAUAUUAUAGAGUUGUAAAAUCGUCUAUUUUAUUACGGUUUGUUUUUUUCUUUCCUUAAUGUGGUUUGUAAAUCCCGUUCAGCCUCUUCAAUCAUGAUUUAUUAGCAUUUAAAUAUAUACUUAGUUUAAUCAAGAAGUGCCGAAACAGUAAGGAUCCUCAUUUUAUAAUAGAAUAGCAUUCCAGUUUGAGGACUUCAGAAGUGUCUUUAUUUAACUACCUCAAUGUUAUGAAGCUCCGUCCUAACUUGAAUAACCGCUAACGUGUGAGCCAGAUGGUGAUAGUUUUAGGAAAUUUAGUUUAGUAUAAGAGUUAUGUCUUUGUUUCUUGUUUAUUUUCCCCACCAACUACUCUAGAACGUCCUAGCUAAUUACUAACACUGGAGUUUUUUUCUUUUGGAGAGAAAAGGAGCAACUAAGAAAUUCUAUACAUUACAUCUGUAAUUUAGUUUAGAAUUUUUAUUUUUUUUUGUUUUAGAAGGUAGCAGGAUUCAAGUUUAAAAACACUACUUUUUUUUUUUUUUUUCAUUUUAUUUUUAUUUAUUCUGUAACUAUCGUUUUUUGUUGUGUGAGGAUAUAAUCGUUAUAUAAACAGCCAAAGCUAUGUUCAGCUGUUCAUCAAGGGACUCAACCACGUUACAUGUUAUGAAUGCAGAAGCCAAAAGGUUGUGGGUUUUGGUGGGGAGGUAUGGAAACUGUUGGAGUAUUAAACCACAACAAAUAAUUCUGGGUGAGUGCUAUGCACUUCAGAUUUUUUUAAUAAACCUUUUGUUUGCCUAAA